ACUGACAAAACGACCACGUCCCUCAAGGCAUGAACCACAACACUAUUCCAAAAGUCAAGCAGCCUCCACUUUAGUCUCUUAAAAAUCCCUCUCCCUUCCCAAAAAGCCAAAAUCACCGCAGCUUCUGCCACCACCCUCAAUCAUUAUGGCUUUCUCAGAGUUUAGGCCACUUGAUGAACAAUCUCUGAUCGAGUACAUCAAGGCCACGCCUGUAUUAUCCGCUAAGAUUGGCAAAAAUUACGAUGACUUGAAAAUCAAAGAAGUUGGAGAUGGGAAUCUCAACUUUGUGUACAUCGUUGUUGGUUCAGCUGGCUCUUUUGUCAUGAAGCAGGCUCUUCCUUAUGUCCGUAGUAUUGGAGAAUCAUGGCCCAUGACUAAGGAAAGAUCCUAUUUUGAGGCUCUGGCACUUAAAGAGCAUGGUCAGUUGUGCCCUGAACAUGUCCCUGAAGUUUAUCAUUUUGAUCGUACUAUGUCUUUGAUUGGCAUGCGAUAUUUGGAGCCUCCACAUAUUAUCCUAAGGAAAGGGUUGGUUGCUGGAAUUGAGUAUCCUUAUCUGGCUGAACACAUGUCAGAUUACAUGUCGAGAACUCUUUUUUACACAUCCCUUUUGUAUCGUACCACCACUCAGCACAAGCAUGAUGUUGCUGAAUUCUGUGGGAAUGUGGGGCUGUGCAGGCUUACUGAGCAAGUUAUUUUUUCUGAUCCAUACAAAGUUUCUCAAUAUAACCACUGGACUUCUCCUUACCUUGAUGAUGAUGCUGAGGCUGUCCGUGAGGAUAAUAUUUUAAAGCUUGAAAUUGCUGAAUUGAAAUCCAAGUUCUGUGAAAGAGCCCAAGCCUUAAUACAUGGAGAUCUUCACACUAGUUCUGUCAUGGUUACUCCUUAUUCAACACAAGUUAUAGAUCCAGAAUUUGCAUUUUAUGGACCAAUGGGUUUUGAUUUGGGAGCUUUUAUUGGAAACUUGAUUUUGGCAUACUUUGCUCAAGAUGGCCAUGCUGAUCCAGCAAAUGACAGAAAAUCAUAUAAAGAGUGGAUUCUGAGGACGAUUGAAGAUUCAUGGAAUCUUUUCAACAAAAAAUUCACUGCACUUUGGAAUGAGCACAAGGAUGGACCUGGUGAAGCAUAUCUUCCAGCAAUUUAUAACAAUCCUGAGCUUCAGCAGCUUGUGCAGCAAAAAUUCAUGAAAGAUUUGUUCCAUGACACCCUCGGAUUUGGUGCAGCCAAAAUUAUUCGGAGAAUUUUUGGUGUAGCCCAUGUUGAGGAUUUUGAGUCAAUUAAAGAAGCAAGCAAACGAGCUGAAUGUGAGCGGCAGGCUCUCAAGUUUGCAAAACUACUUCUGAAGGAAAGGAGGGGAUUCCAGUCCAUUAAUGAUGUUGUGUCAGCCAUUAGGGCAUAGGAUUCAUGGCAAAAGCUUCUCUAAUCCAUACCACACUUCUCUUCAAGAGUAAAUUACUUGAAUUAAAUACAAUAUCAUGUCAAUUUUAUAAGAAAUAUAUACCCAUACACUUUCCUAUCAA